CUUGGUUUAUGAUUCAUAUUAGGAAUUACUUUACAAAGUGCCUUGUUUGUAUGUGCAAACUGUCAUGUGUCUGUUGUAAAUGUAAGCCCCGCUAGAUACGGAUAUGAGGUUUCCUGAUAGUAGUCAAUUUUUGUGAGAAACAUUUAUUUACCAUCCAUCUGAUUAGUUCACUGACAUUUUAAAAACACCCGCCAGUUAGUUGAAAUGUGAAAAUUCAAAAUAAACAAAUAUACAACACAAAUAGACGUCUAAAACAACUCAUGUCAUCUUAUCAAUCGUAUAGUGGUGUUGCUCAUACAAAUCUAAGUUCAGCAGCAAGUGUCUCUGCUGAUCUGAUAGCACACCGUGGUGUUUGGCGUAAAAUCAUAUCAAUAAUUAUAUUUAUGGGAUUUUUGAUUACAUCAUGGGCUACUAUUGUAUUACAUGUGAUGAAUUUUACAAAUGAAAGUAUUUUAGAGUUAUCUGUUUCAAUCUCGGUAUUAAUAGCUGGACAAUAUAUAAUAACAGGUAUUGUGGAUGGUAUCAUUUAUUGGAGACGUUGGAAUGCAUCAAGUCAACGUCAACGUACAAAAAUACAAGAACAAAAUAAAGAAGCAUGGGUAGUUAUGCGAAUUACACUGACAGUUUUAGGAAUGGCACCAAUUGCAAGAUAUAUUGAAUCAUUGGUCAUAGUAAAACGAAUGCUUAGUUUAGAAAAACAAUAUAUGUCCGAAACAAUAGCCUUAGUUAAAGAAGUUCAACAACCAUCUAAUUUACCAAGUGGAUCAUUAAUUAGUGUACCAAUGACAAAUACUCAAUUAUCACAACAAAGGAAAACACCUGAUAUUAUUAGUAAUCCUGCAAAAAUGAGACAAUUAGAUACGGGACUUCAAUAUGUACGUCGUGUAAGACGACAAUUUUGUCGUACAGAACAUGAUGCAGCUAUUAUAGCUUUAACUAGUGGUGUAAUUGGUGCUGGACCAUAUGCAAUAUCUCAAGGUAUAUUGUUCUACAGGAGAGAAACAAUGCUUUUCUUUAUGACAAUUGAUACAAAAAUUAUCCUCUUAAUAUGUACAAUCUUUUGUAUGUUAUGGAUAAGUACAAGUUUUACCCAUUUCUAUCCAGUACAAUAUAAACAAAAUGAAUUAGAAUAUGAACGUGGUAUUGGACAAGUACAUAUUGGUGGAUUAUUAUUAUUAUUUAUAAUACAUUUAAUACAUAUAACAUUACGUUGUAUAUCAAUUGUAUUAUUUACUGGAAGAUUUUAUUUAUUUAUAUUCAUUAUAUUAAUUGGACAUUAUUUAAUUGUUUUAAUAACAAUUCUAAUUGCUAGACAAUAUACUAAUCGGUUAGAUCAUUUAAAUCAUCAAGUUAAUAAACAUAGUGAUCUUUGUGAAAACUUCUUUCUUGAUUUACUUCAUUCAUAUAUUAAUUUAUAUGAAUUUUUUAAUGCUGGUAUCAAAUACACUCGUACAAGAUAUUUAAUUUAUUAUUUCUUUUAUUAUAUAGAAAAUUCUAUAAUGAUUGGUUUAUGGUAUGAUUAUUAUCAAUAUCCUGAAUCAUGGUAUUAUUUACCAUGUUUAUUAGUUGUUAUAUUAGUACAAUUAUUAGGUUUUAUAUUAUUACAAAUUUAUUUAUAUGCUUAUUCGAAAUCCCGUCGUAAAACAACAUUAUGCGGUUUAUGCUUUAUGCAUAAAUCAAUUGAAAUCCCAAUAAGACAACAACAACAACAACAACAACCAGUACAGCAACAACAAUCUUUAACAGGUCUUAAACGGAGUGAAUCUCUAUUUAAUUAUAAUCGUAAUGAUAAUAAUGGUUCGUUACCAAGAACUGUUUCGAAUAUACCAAAGUCAUAUACUAAUCUAAAUCGACAACAAUCAAAUACAAUAUUAAAUAGUUAUCCAUCUAUAGAUAAUAUGAAUUAUACAAAAUCAAUAAAAUAUAAUGAUAAUGGUAUAUAUGAUCCAAUAUUUGGUGAACAAAUUAUACAACCAGCUAUACCAAUUCAAUUACGUAAUCAUAGAAAUAAAUAUAAAAUCAAUAACAAUCAACAAUUUAAUGAUAAUCAAAAAUCAAUAUCGGAAUUAAAUACUAAUAAUACUAAUACUAUUACUAAUAAUAAUUUACAACCAAAGAUGAAGAAACAAUUAAAUGAAUCCUUAGAGAAUCAUCGAAACAUAAGACCUACUUUAUAUAGAAAUCCAUCAACAAACAAUGUACCAAGUUCAUCUGAUAACAUAGUACAAUCAACAAUGAUAAAUAAUAAUUCAAGGAAAUCUCAGAAAGAUGUUAAUCAUCAUCAUCAUCAUCACCAUCGUUAUCAGCAUCAUAAUGGUACUAGAACUACACAAUAUAAUAGUUAUACAAUACAUAGUAGAACAAAAGAAAGAUAAUAAACUAUUCAUAAAGAAUAAAAAUCAAAUAUAUAGUGUAUUUGUAUGGAUUUCUUCUUAGCACUAUUAUUCUAUUUUGAUAAGAUUUCAUUAUUAAUAUUAUUAGUAGUAACUGAAUAAUGCACAUCAUUUCACAUAGAUACUAGUCUUCCAAACUGCAUUAUAUUACUGGUAUGAACGAGAACAUAUGUAAAGUAUAACUACAAAAUUACAAGAGUUCUUUGAUAAAAUGUAAAAAAAACAACAACUAUACAUUCAAUACUUUAUUUUGCAAAACCUUCAUCAAUUAUUUCAAAAUGUAUUAUUCCUUUAUUGUCAUAACAAUUACUCUUUAUUUGUUUUCUCUUCAAUUAGAUAUUCCUUAACUUUUGCUAUUAAGCAUACUAUUUCUGAUUGGUGUUAUAUACUACUUAUGUCGAUAUAAGUAGCAUACACCACACUACUACCAAUACAGUAUUUACAUUAGAUAUAUUUUUAAAGAAAAUUUCAACAUACUGUGACUUCAUAUACUUCCUUUUAGCAGUAGUAAAGCUCAGUCUAUCAUAGAUCUGUUCUUACAUGAUGAUUUUAAUUAAUUUUUUUUAAAUUCAUGUAAUACUGUAUAUAUUUACGU